AUGUCAUUGCCUCCUUCUCUCGACGACCUGGUCAAAACACAGCGCACCAAUGGCAAGACGCGGUUUCUGAGUAAGUCUCAACGGGAGAAGCGCAAGCAGCAGCAGGUAGUGAAGCCUCCCUCUGCUGUUGUGAAGCCGCAACUUCACAAGAAGAAGGCGCCAGAUCCUAGUUUUGCAAACUCCUCGAGCAAAAGCGACGGAGACACCAACGACGCUGAGUUUCCUCCCGUUGUGGAUCUGCCCAGGCGUCGUGAUGACCUAAUAUUUGACGAUGUUCAUUGGUCAGAAAAAGAGCUUUCUCAAAUGACCAACAGAGACUGGAGAAUCAUGCGGGAGGAUUACAACAUCAGCACGAAAGGCGGAAAGUUGGAGAAUCCUUUGCGCAAGUGGGAAGAAAGCCAGAUCUCGCCGCUGAUACUUCAACAGCUAGAAACUCUGGGAUACACAGAGCCAACGCCCAUACAAAGGGCUGCUGUUCCAAACGGGCUGUGUGGCCGAGAUCUGGUGGGUAUUGCCGAGACUGGUUCGGGCAAAACGUUGGCGUUUUUGAUUCCCAGUGUGAAUUACAUUCUGCAGUUGCCCCGUCUGGGAAGGUUUGAGGGCCCGUAUGUGCUCAUUCUGGUUCCCACGCGAGAAUUGGCGUUGCAGAUCGAGCGAGAGUUUUCCAAAUUUGCGUCUCUCGGGUUUGACGUGAUCUCGCUGAUUGGAGGACACUCGUACGAUGAGCAUGCUGAAAAGCUGGAGCGAGGCGUGGAGGUGAUAAUAGCCACUCCCGGGCGGCUGGUCGACUGUCUGGAGCAGCAGCUGGUAUCUUUAGAGCGGUGCUUUUUCUUGGUGCUUGACGAAGCUGACCGGAUGAUUGAUAUGGGUUUUGAAAAAGAUCUCAAGAAAAUCCUCGAAAGCUUGCCAGAUGGGUCUGAGAACCCGCAUUACUUGGGAUCUGGAGAGCCCAAAAGAACCACCAUGAUGUUUACCGCCACCAUGCCGCCGCAGAUCGAGAAAAUCAGCGCAAAGUACCUGAAAAGCCCAGGCACUGUUAUGGUGGGCGAGGUCGGCGGUGCGGUCGACAGCGUCCGCCAAGAAGCCAUCCAGGUUGAAGACUCGGAUGAGAAACGGUUGCAAAUGCUGCAGAAGGUGCUCUCUCGUGGCAUCUACUCGCCUCCAAUCAUUAUUUUUGUGAAUUUCAGGAAAACAUGCGAAAUGGUGGCAGAAUUUCUGGAGCAGCUGGGAUUCAAUGCUGUUACGAUGCACGGCUCCAAAACGCAGGAACAGCGGGAAUACGCCAUCCAGCAGAUUAAAGAGGGCAGGUCUGACAUUCUGGUGGCUACAGACGUGGCGGGGCGAGGAAUUGACAUUCCGGACGUGUCGCUCGUGCUCAACUUCCAAAUGGCGAAAAAUAUCGAGGAUUACACACAUAGAAUCGGACGUACGGGGCGGGCUGGCAAAGAGGGUACGGCAAUCACGUUCUGGAGCGCUGCGGACGCAGAUGUGCUGUACGACCUCAAACAAAUGAUUGCCAAAAGCCCUGUCAGCAGGUGUCCGGAGGAGCUGAGAAGACACCCUGCUGCACAGAAAAGAAUGGUGAAAAAUAUUGAAACCUGAGGGCUAGUCGCUAUCGCUCUCGUAGCCGAGCUUCGUCGCCAGCGCCGGUUUCUUCUGUAGCAGUUUAAUAGCAUCUAAUGACUUAUUCGCAAAAAUUGACGACGGCUGCGGAGCAGGGAGAGCCUUUGGAGCUUUCUCGAUAUCCUCUCGCGCCUCUUCUCCGGCUGCUGCUUCCUGCUCCGGCUCUUUUUCUUCCACGCGUCUCAGUUUGUUUUGCAUCGUUACCAAGAGCUUUUUAGCGGUCUCCAACGCAGUCUGCUCUUCCUCCUCGCGGUUUCUUUUCCUGGCCACCGGGUCAGGGUCCUCGUUGGCCCACUUAACAUUGAGCGCCUCCUCGUCAUCGUCUUCCCGAAGAGACUGUCCAUACAUUGCCUCCUUGGCAAACUGAGCCUGGCUUUCCAGUCUAUAAGUGACAAACGCUAUGCCUUUGCUUCUCACCACCCUUGUGCGCUCAAUUUCUCCAUACUCUCCAAAAUUCUUAUUUACAAGCAUCUCCACGUUUCCUUCCAUCGAUCUGAACUUCUCCACAAACAGCGUUUUGUUGACCUUGUUGAAAGACCCCACUCCGGUCAUAUCGUCUCGGUAGUCAGCAAAUCGCUCUCGCCCAAAACAGUCUACCGUAUGAGGGAAAAAGUCCAUGUCUGUGGGCAGACGGUGUAGAUAGUCGCAGUUUUUUCCAUUCGUGCAGUAUCCGCGGGCAAAAUACAGACAGAUAAACUUGUUGCGGUUCACUGAUCCCGGCUCCACGUGUUUAUCUGCCUUUGUAUAGCCUGAAUCUUUGGCCGGAUGACAUCUAUGUCGAGCGUGCGCGACGGUUCUGCCGUUAUACUCGCCGCCAGUCCAUCUGCUGUACCACAGGUUAAAUACCUGGCCCGUCUGCGGCGGCUUGGUGUCUGCAGUGACGGAUUCGGGGUCCA